AUGGACGUAGACCUCCACCCGGACGACGGCAGCCAGCUCUACUUCAUCUGGCACGAAUGGAUCCAGGCACAUGGCCCUCUCACCGCCGAGUCUGCGUUCGAGUAUUUCACCAACUCCCAGUUCUACGACAAGCAGAGCAACAACCAGGUCCUGCGCAUGCAGACCAUGCACACCGGGCAGCUGUUGGAGAACGAGGCUGAGGAGCUCAGGCGAUUCACGGGCAUUGAGUUUGCGCUCACCCAUGCGGAGCCACCCUCGCUGUUUAUAAUCCACAAGCGCGAACGUCUCUCACCCGACGAAGUCCGGCCAUUGGCCGUGUAUUUCAUCCUGAACAACCGCAUAUAUCAAGCCCCAGACGUGUACUCCCUCGUCUCAAUCAGGCUGCUCGCCUCCCUGCAUGCCCUUCAAAGUUCUCUGGACGUCCUCCGCGCGCACCGCCCCGCAUACACGCCCCGGACAGGAUUUGUCUGGCCGAUCGUCGAACCCUCGUCCGGGGACGGUGCAGGGAAGAAGCGGGCCCAAGACGGCGAAGCGGCUCUUGAAACACCAGAGCACGAGAGCGUGCCCGGCGCGCGAGGGCUUGCUUCUUCUGCUUCUGCUUCUGCGUCUGCGUCUGGUGGAGCCAAACGGCAACAGAACAGCAUGUUGCUCUUGCACGCAAUAACCACGACGAACACCCAUGCCCAACAAUCGUUCCAGCUCCCGGCAGUCCCAUCCGAAGACACCGUCCCAGAAACGCCUGCGCCGGCUCCCAGAGCACGAUCGUCCGUCACUCCGGCACCUGCUGCCGGACUCGCUGCCGCAGGGGCUCCGUCCGUGGCCCCCACACCACAAGAGCCAACAAAAGGUCCGCCCGGAGGAGGCAAGAAGAAGAAGAAACGUGAGUUGCGCCACCGCGUGCCCGCUCAUUCCCAUUUCAACGCACCCUCCUCGCGGCGCAGGGACGGCGACGCUUCCACCACC